CCCUUUCUUCAUCCAUCCUCCAUCCCGUCCACAUCACUUCUACCAUCAUCCCACAUCGCAGCAUCCACUUGUGCGUGGUGUAACCUUUGCUACAGCUAAUCCUCUUAUCAAUUCUCACUGUCCAGCUCGUCUCUUAGCUUCUGGACAAAUUUCACCCCGGAAUACUCCUCUUCGCUUUCUCAAAACUCGCGAAGCUCAGUGGCGUAUUACGCGCAACUUGCGACAAGCUACCCAACCAAAUUUCAUCUUUCGCUCGACUUCUCCAGCUAUCUACAAUCAUGUCUGGCAAGUUGGACAAGUCUCUCGACGAGAUCCUCGUCAGCCGCCGCCAGGGUGCUCGUCGUCGCGACCGUCGUUCGGCACCUAAGGCCGCAGCCACUUCUGUUCCGAUCGGAGGAGUGAAGAAGACCACUAAGGCUGCCAAGCCCACCGGCAAGGUUGUUCAGAAUGGACACCCUGUCUCGCGUGAAAGCAAAAUCAUGGUCAGCGGCUUGCCUGCCGAUGUGAAUGAGGCCAAUAUCAAGGAAUACUUCACCAAGUCUGCAGGUCCCGUGAAGCGCGUCAUGCUCACCUACAACCAGAACGGUACUAGCCGUGGAAUUGCCUCCAUUGUCUUCAGCAAGCCAGACACCGCUGCGAAGGCUGCGAAGGACCUGAAUGGCCUUCUUGUCGAUGGAAGACCCAUGAAGAUCGAGGUCGUCGUUGAUGCCUCGCAUGCGCCCGACGUUGCUGCUCCCAAGUCUCUUGGUGACCGUGUCGCUCAAACCAAGCCCAAGCCUAAGCCCGCUACUGCUAACAAAACUGCUACCAAUUCUCAAGCACGUAAGGGUCGUGGUGCCCGUAAGAACGGCCGUACCUCCAACCGCCCCAAGCCCAAGACCGUUGAGGAACUUGAUGCCGAGAUGGUCGACUACUUCGCUACCAACGAAACCACCGGUCCUGCGGAGGGUAACGCUCAGGCGAACGGAGUCCCACAGCAGCAACAGGCUGCUGCUGGUGAGGACCUUGGCAUGGCUGAGAUUUCUUAAAUGGUUCACGAUUAAUCUUCAUUAUUGAGAAAUUUUUGAAGUUGCCGUCGCAAUCCUUUGAAGGGUCCGGUCUUUGCUUUAUUACCACCUGGCCACGCUCUCUACGCACUCAGGGUCUGCCGGUUGGAUUCGAGUCGAAUUCUCCUUAACACUUUUAUCCUGUUCUCUUUUCUGCAUUUCGGAUAUCUUUACUGCAGUUUUCUCUUGCUCAACGUCGGUUUUUAUCGUUAUCUUUUUUUUUCUGUUUCUCUAAUGCGUUCAGGAAAUUAUCGGUGGUGGGAAGAUAGGGUUUGUUAUCUGUAUUUAAUAGAGACUUUUGUGCUCAAAUGCAUGGCUUAGCAAGUUUUCCUUAUUCUCUGUACACCCGUGUUUCCUUUAUGUGGGCAAAUUCUCAAUUUUCCACAGGCAUCGUGUACAGCAUAACAAUAGUACCUUGUAUUAUAAGAUCC